AUGUUUCGACCAAGCCUUCGCAGCGCAGCCCUGAGCCCGAGGAUUCCGUCUCCGCUGCGGCCCCAGAUGAAGAGAAAGCUCAGCCCUGACGCCGCCAGAAUGAUGACAACACUGCAGCUGGACCCCCUGGAGAAGCAGCUCAAGUCCCUCCUGCUCGAUGUGGCAGCCCACAUUGACAAGACUCAGGCCAAGGAGCACGGCGGUCAAGUCAUCCUAAGAUGGGCCGGCGGUUGGGUCCGCGACAAGCUUCUCGGCAGACCAAGCCACGAUAUUGAUGUCGCCAUCAACAGCAUGACGGGCGAGGUCUUUGGCAACGAGCUCCGGCGCUUCUGUCAGUACCCGGAGAAUGUGGCAAGGCAUAACCUCCAGCCCGAGGACAUUGGCCGCCUGCACAAGAUUGCCAAAAACCCAGAGAAGUCCAAGCAGUUGGAAACGACAACCGUGAAGCUGUUUGGGCUGGACGUGGACUUUGUCAACCUGCGGACGGAGAAGUACACUGCAGAUAGCCGGAACCCACAGGUCGAGUUCGGCACAGCUGAGGAGGAUGCGCUGCGCCGGGAUGCCACCGUGAAUGCGCUCUUCUACAACAUCCACACCGGUGAGGUCGAGGACUUCGUUGGCGGCCUGCCCGAUAUGGAGGCAGGUAUCAUCAGAACCCCCAUGGACCCGUUUCAAACCUUCAUGGAUGACCCACUCCGGGUGCUCAGACUCGUCCGGUUUGCGAGUCGGCUCCGUUUUAGUAUCGCCCCUUCCACCAGGGAGUUCAUGGGCAAUCCCCGGGUUCUCCAGGCUCUGCGCGCCAAGAUCAGCCGCGAGAGGGUAGGAACAGAGGUCGAGAAGAUGUUGAAAGGAGAGCACCCUCGCGAUGCUGUGCGCCUGAUCGAAGAGCUUGGCCUGUACCACACCAUUUUCACUGACCCGGUGAACCUCGACACGCCUCAGCCAAGCCUGCACGGCUGGAGCGCCGCCUAUGAGUUCCUGCAUGAUUCGCCGUCAAAUAUUGACUCGGUGUACAAGGUGUUGGUGACAUCAGACGAGGCAAGAUACUACGCCUGGGUUCUAGCUUGCGUCGCCCCCUUUGCCAGGCUCCCGUGCUCCAUCUCGGCUAAUCCGAAGAAAAAGCCCCCGGUUGCAACUGUGGCGGCACGUGAGGGUAUCAAGGCGCCUACGAGGAUGUCGGAUCUGAUCACGGCGGCGGUCUGCCACCGUGAGGAGAUAUGCGAGCUCAAGAGCAAGGUUUCCGGUGACGAUGCGCCCGGAGUUGGGCGAGACACGCUGGGUAUGGCCAUAAGACGCUGGGAGGCAAAGGGGACGCACUGGCGACUUCAGGUCCUCUUUGCCGUUCUCUACGAUCUGAUGGUACAGGCGGCGGAUAACGCGCACAAGGGCUCCACGUCGGGGAUCGUGGAAGGAGGGUGGAAGAGGUUCAUCGACCAUCUCGACACGUUGAACCUCAUGGAUGCCCCAUCGAUCAAGCCGCUUGUUGACGGCCGCAGGCUCUUGCAAACCCUCGACAUCAAGAAGCCGGGCAGAUGGAUGGCAUCUGCGUUAGAUAUUUGCAUGGCCUGGCAGCUCAGGAACCCCGAGCAGGCGGAUCCAUCCGAGGCGAUCGAGGAAGUGCGAAGGCGCAAGGAGGAGCUGGGCAUCCCCAUCUAG